CCGGAAGUAGAUCACAUCCACUCCUUUCUCUCGGCUCCGUGGCAUUUUGCAGCUCAGGCUGACUGCUGCUGUUCAUUUUACACUAAACUCACAGCUGUAAACAGUCACGAAUGGACAAAGACGGAACUAUGUGAUCAUCACAUGGAUUUAACCAGGAGAAAUGUAUGAAGACACAGUAAAACGACACAAAGGCCCCUCCGACCCUCUGGGAUGAUGUGCAGAAGCACACUGAUGUGAUCGAAGGGGAAUGCAGACUUGCCAGGUAUAGUUUGCGUGCAAGCGUGAUGCCCAGGAGGGGGUUGACGCUGCAGGGCCGGGUCCGCUGGUUCUUUCUGGGCCUCUUCGUGCUGCUGGUGCUGCUGCUAUUUGCAUACCUGCUGGAGUGCACCCCUCCAGCAGACGUCGGCCUGGCCCUGCCCGGCCUAGCGGGCGAUCCCUAUGGGAAGGAGUACUACCAGGGCCUGCUGCAGGAACAGGAGGAGCGCCACCUAAACCGGGCCGCCAGUCUCAAGCGCCAGAUUACCCAGCUCAAGCAGGAGCUGCAGGAAAUGGGUGAGAAGCUAAAGCUCCUGCAGGACAAGAAGGAGCUUCCUGGGGUGCAGGGCCUGGCUGAGACAAAGGACCAAGAGCCGGGAGAUCUGCUGGAGUACCUGCAUUCUCAGAUUGACAAGGCCGAGGUGAACACGGGGGCACGGCUCCCCAGCGAGUACGCCCUGGUGCCCUUUGAGAGUUUCACUUCGUCCAAGGUGUACCAGCUGGAGAUGGGGCUGACGCGGCACCCAGAGGAGAAACCUGUCCGCAAAGACCGCAGGGACGAGCUGGUGGAGGUCGUUGAGGCCGCGCUGGACAUUAUCAACAACCCUGAUGAGGAGGACGGUGUAGAGGAGGACAUGCCGAUGCAGAGACAAACCUACACAGAGGGUCUCUUUACAGAAGGACUGUACAGGACAGAGCGGGACAAAGGCACUCUUUACGAGCUCUUCUUUUCCAAAGAGGAUUCCAGCAGCUUCCGUCAUGUCACGCUCUUCAGGCCCUUUGGACCCUUAAUGAAAGUCAGGAGCACAUCUGUAGAAACAUCAGGAAUGGUUAUUAACAUCAUCGUGCCACUGGCAGGCAGAGUGGAAACGUUCUCACAGUUCCUACACAACUUCAGAGAGGUUUGCGUACAGCAGGACAGACGAGUGCAUCUCACAGUGGUUUAUUUUGGGCUGGGAGGCCUGCAGGAGGUGAAGUUGUCUUUGGAGAAAAUGUCGAGGGAGGAGAACUUCUCCAAUUACACGCUGAUCCCAGUGGACGAGGAGUUCUCACGAGGUCGCGGUCUGGAUAUUGGAGCCCACGCCUGGAACAAAGGCGACGUCUUAAUGUUUUUUUGUGACGUCGACAUCCAUUUUACUCUUGGCUUCUUAAACACUUGUCGUCUCCAAGCUGCUCCAAAUAAGAAAGUGUUCUAUCCGGUGGUGUUCAGUCUGUAUAAUCCGUCCAUUGUCUAUGGGAAUUUGGAGCUGGCUCCACCGACUGAACUCCAACUGAUUCACAAAAAAGAUGCUGGAUUCUGGAGGGAUUUUGGCUUCGGAAUGACGUGCCAGUAUCGUUCAGAUUUCCUAAAUAUUGGUGGGUUUGAUCUGGAGGUCAAAGGCUGGGGGGUGGAGGACGUCCACUUGUACAGGAAGUAUCUCCGGGGCGAGCUCAUCGUGAUUCGGGCGCCAGUUUCCGGGCUUUUCCACCUGUGGCACGAGAAGCAGUGUGCUGACGAGCUGACGCCGGAGCAGUACCGCAUGUGCAUCCAGUCCAAAGCCAUGAACGAGGCCUCCCACUCGCAUCUGGGCAUGCUCGUCUUCCGGGACGAGAUCGAGGCUCACCUACGCAAGCAGGCCUUCAAGACCGAGGUGAAAACCGAGGACUGAAGCGCGCCGCUUCCUUUAGACUGAGGCGUUUACACGGCGCGCAGCUGGAGACCAGUGAAUGUACAACUAAUGUGAAACGCAACAACAUGGUACAACAGCAUUACUAAACACUAAUGCACCGUCAGUCCGCUAAUAUUUAACUUGCUGGAUGAGAACUAACAGGUAACGCGUCCCGGGGAUUUAGGUGGACAUUAUUCUUGGGGAAUCAUACGUCUCAUUCAGCCGUCCGUCCAACGGAGCAGCUGAUGUGCAAGCAGUCUGCUCCCCGGCAUCUGCUGCGGCCCGACGACCUUUCUAAUGUCGAAUGUGACCUCAAUCAGCAGAUUUCUGCUGUUUCUGGGGACACCCCCCCCCCAAAAAAAAGAGUCAAACCAGAUCAAAUGCAACAAGCUGUUGAUGUGUAGAGGAGCUUUUUAACACAGAGAGAAAGCAGCUGCAAAAGGGUAAAAACUCAAACUACAUUUAUUUAUUUACUAUUGAGAAAAGGAAAAAUAAAUUGCACUUUGUUCAAAUGGAGGAUAAACAAUGUCAUUUGACCCACAACCGGUCUGUUAAUAUUAUUUAUAGUUUAUUGGACAAAAAGGGAAGUCAUUUUGUGUUCAAUGUGAGUCACUAUUCUUUGUGAUGAGUUCUACAGAGAAGCAUGAUUUAAUAGCCAGGAGCAAAGAUUAGCUUAUAGCAUGCAGCGCUAUCAGGUCUGUGUGGGACAGUAUUAUUGUCUAAACAUUAACAGCACUAGUCAUUUCUGCCCGGUGAGUGACUCACUACGUUAGGAUUUCCAAUACUGGACUGUAUUUGAAUGUUAAAGCUACACGUGUAAAUACUUUUCUAAUUUUGUUUCAUACAUGCGAGUUGUGCAAGACUUCAUGCUUGACAUGAAAUGUUUUUAAAAUGUAUUCCAUCUCAUGAGUGGAUGUUGCGGUGUUAGAGGUGUGACGUUACUGAGGACAGCUGUUAAAACCACAUUAACAGGAAGAAGUGCUUCAUUUUUUUCUUUCAAAGCAGCCUUUUCUUGCAUCUCAUCCUGUUUUCAAUUAAUGUUUUGCUAAUGUUACAGCUUUUUGUAGAAACAUUGUCCUCAUCUCAGCAGCACACAAGUGAAAAUGAGCAAGGAUGGAAAUGAUUUAUUUUGUCCAUUAAAUAAAACAGGGCUUCAUUAA